GCCAGGGUGCCGGUGAGCCCCCCCCCCCCCCAAUCUGCUCGGCGUGCGGGCUGAGCUUCUGCGGAGGACCACAUGACGGGCCACAAUAAGGAGAAGCGAUAUGAGUGCGACGUGUGUGGCAAGGUCUGGCAGCAGCAGAGCAAGCUGAAGGUCCACCAGCGGGUGCAUACGGGAGAACGCCCCUUCGACUGCUCGGAAUGCGGCAAGAACUUCACCCGCUACGAGACCCUGCUGCGGCACAACCAGUUGCACUCCGGCGAGAAGCCCUUCACCUGCUCCCACUGCGGCAAGAGUUUCAAGACGUCGAAUUACCUGAAGAUCCACCGGCGAGUGCACACGGGCGAGAGGCCCUAUGGUUGCUCCACGUGCGGCAAGAGCUUUGCCCAGUUAUAUGGGCUGCAGGAGCACCAGCGGGUGCACACGGGCGAGAAGCCCUAUGGCUGCUCCACCUGCGGCAAGAGCUUUGCCCGGGCUACGGGGCUAAUGCAGCACAGGCAGGUGCACAGCAGUGAGCGGCCCUUCCCCUGCUCUGACUGUGGCAAAGGCUUCAAGUCGUCCACAGACCUGUUGUUGCACAGGCGCCUGCACACCGGGGAUCGGCCGUACACCUGCGGCGACUGCGGCAAAGGCUUUGCCCAGUCAUCGGGGCUGUUGCGGCACCGGCGGGUGCACAGCAGUGAGCGGCCCUUCACCUGCUCCGACUGUGGCAAAGGCUUCAAGUCGUCCACGGACCUGAAGGUGCACAGGCGCCUGCACACCGGUGAGCGGCCCUGCAAAUGCUCCGAAUGCGGCAAAGGCUUCAUGUGGUCUUCGGACCUGAAGGUGCACAGGCGCCUGCACACCGGGGAGUGCCCCUACAACUGCAGCGUCUGCGGCACGGGCUUCACGUCGUCCUCGGACCUGAAGGUGCACAGGCGCCAGCACACUGGUGAGCGCCCCUACACCUGCAGCGACUGUGGCAAGGGCUUCACCCGCUCCGACAGCCUAAUGGAGCACCAGCUCACCCACACUGGCGAGCACCCACGGGAGUGGCAAAUCUACAAUGAGUAUAAACGUUGCUCAGUGCUUAUCCGGCUCCACUAA